CCUCUAGACAUUCUUUAAGCUCUGCAUUCGUUCUCUAUUUCUCUCCAGAAAGGUUGUACCGAUUUACAGUUCCACUGGCAAAUGUGAGGGCUCCUUGUAUCGCAGUACAACCCCAGCUCAUUUCUUAGUAUAGGUUUGUUUUUAGGAUGGUCGAGCUCAAAGCAGAACUAAGGGAUCUGCCGUUUUGUACACGGCCGAGGCGCGUGGUUCCCUGGGCCUGGAACGCGCUCUGAGCGCGCCGGUCCCUUCCAGGUUGCGCGGGCUCCGGACGAGACCCAGCCCAGCCGGGCAGCCCCGCGCGCUCCCGGGUCCCGCCGGCCUCGCGCCGCCCGGUUGCCGUGGGAACCACGGAGCCUCGGAGCGCCCGCAGAGUAGCCCGUGUCUGAAGGGGUGAGGGAUACUGAGGCCCAGGCAUGGAGCUGCCGGAUCCGGUGCGCCAGCGGCUGGGAAACUUCAGCCGGGCCGUGUUCAGUGAUUCCAAUCGGACCGGUCCAGAGUCCAAUGAGGGUCCGGAAAAUGAAAUGGUCUCCAGUUUGGCAUUGCAGAUGUCACUUUAUUUUAAUACCUACUAUUUCCCACUGUGGUGGGUGAGCAGCGUUAUGAUGCUUCACAUGAAGUAUUCAAUCUUGCCUGACUACUACAAAUUCAUUGUGAUCACUGUUAUCAUCCUAAUAACCUUAAUUGAAGCCAUCCGGUUGUAUCUGGGCUACGUGGGUAACCUACAGGAGAAGAAGAUGGACAAGUUGAAGAAACUUCACAGGAGCCCAAGAGGCUGGCCAGAGAGCCCGGGACUUGGUUCCUCUGUGGGAAGGCACACGUUCUGGUGAAGCUGUCAGGCUCUAAUAGCAGCCUGGCAUAGACAGUGGCCAAAACAGGAACAGAAGACAGGAUCUUGUAAUACAAAAUAAAUACAAAUUUGUAAUCCAAUAAAAUACAACUGAGGGUGAAGGAAAAAGGAGGAGGACGUCUCACCCCGCACCCAGCCUAAAAGGAGAAGAAAGUGCUGAGGCCAAGUAAGUUUUCUAAAACAUGUUAACAGUUCCUUGUGUGUCCAUCACUAAACUCAUUCAUUAACUUUCCAAGUUGGUGCCGUGUGCCUCCUGCUCCCCUGGACACCUCCUGCAGACCACACUCAUCACUGGAGUAUCUGAGUCACCAGAGGUCUACCUCAGCCCAUUGUUGGUACUACAAGCUGGGUCUUGAUGCAGAACAUACAGCAUACAGGCCUUCUCCCAGGGAAAGAGUCAGGAGCCCAGCAUAAUUUACAUCACAGACAACAAAGAUGAUGCACAGGAUGGGACUCAAGCUGCUUCUUCCUAAGUUCGCAGAGAAUCUAUGUGACUUGAUGGCACCUCCAACAGGAGACAAGGUGGUCCUCUCUCCCACCCUGCUUUAUAGACAGGCAUCAGGGAGGCAGCAGGCCUCUGAUUGCUCCCUCCACACCUGUGGUUCCCAGCUCUGAUGAACCUUCUUGCCCUGAGCACCAUCUGGAACCUUGGCAUGCAGCUUAGGUUGGCAGGAGAUGAAGGGAGGGAGCUUACAGAAGUUCCUCAAGUCAGCCGGGCAUACUGACUCAUGCCUGGAAUCCCAGCACUUUGGGAGGCCCAGGCAGGUGGAUCACCUGACGUCAGGGGUUCCAGACCAGCCUGGCCAAUAUGGCGAAACCCCAUCUCUACUAAAAAUACAAAAAAAAUUAGCCAGGUGUGGUGGUGCGCACCUGUAGUCCCAGCUACUAAGAAGGCUGAGGCAGGAGAAUGGCGUGAACCCAGGAGGCGGAGGUUGCAGUGAGCUGAGGUCUUGCCACUGCACUCCAGCCUGGGCAACAGAGCGAGACGCUGUCUCAGAGAGAGAAAAAAAAGAAAUUCCUCAGGUCAAAAGUAGGUGCUGUAGGUGGGCACUCCAGUGAUGCUGUGUUCUGACCCAGAGAAUUUGCCUUCCUCACGUACGUUCUAGUUACGAGUCACACAAGACCAAUACUAACAUAUGCGAGAUUGCAGUAAGCACAGCAACUCCAAUCAGCAGGCCCAGGUAGUUAAAGGAUAAUCCAACUCCUGAAACACAAAGGAAUUUUUUUUUAAAGGGAACUAAGUAACACGCCCCUUCCUAAUGGGCUCUCAAAAGCACCUUCAGAGAUUUAUGCUCUUAUACCUAUCCCUAGCAUAUUGUCAGGCACAUCAUAGGUAAGUAUUUUUUGAGAAAAUAAACAAAUGCUAACAUUUGAUUAAAAGCCAAAGCCAGACUUGGAACAAAUGAACCUGGUAAUAUAAGGGCUCGCCACCUAUUUUUGCUCUAUAGCUCCCUCAAGAACCCUAUGCAUGCACACAGAGUUAACUUUGGAAAACGCCUAACAUCCGUUUGUGAUGCUGAAUCUAAAUUGCCUGAGAGCUGAUAAUUAUUUUUCAUUUUAUGCAUAUCAAAAAUUGUUUAUUUUUAAAAAGAUUCUGUUACAUUUGAGACCAUGUACCCAGAGAAGCACAAGGCCAGUCGUAUUUCAGAAUGUAUUCUACCAUCAGAUAGCUUAUGUGGAUGCAAAGAACUAGAAACUAUCUUUAAAGCAAAAUCCACAGAAGCUAGAUGACUGCAACCUCCAGAUGACUGCCUCACAGACCCUGUUCCAACUUAACUCUUGUCAAGUGUCUUAUCUGGACACUUGGGAGGGCAGGGGAAGAAAAAAAACAUGGAAAUAUUUUAAAUAGUCAGUUACAUGUAGAUUUCUAGCCAUAAGAAAUUGAAUUACUAUAUACUGAGCUUCUAUUUUAUGCCAAACUCAAUCUUCUCUUGACAUAUACGAACUAAGAAACCCCCACCUCAAGAAAAAAACUUGCAAAUAGCAUGGCAAGAUUACCUACCUGCCCUUAGAGUUCAGUGGAAAAAGAUUGUGCUAAAUGGCAUCUUUGCUGGGAUUUCAGCAUCUAACAUUCAAAGAUCUAAACAAAGCCUUCGACAUCUAGUCUAAUCCUUUGUUUCACAGGGAUAUGCAAGACCUGAGCACCAAGGUCACACAGCAAGUUAGCAAGAUGGGAAAUAAAAAUCAUGUCUAUUGAUCUGCCUGUGGCAGCACAGGCAGGUUACAUUAUUUCAGAGGUAACUGUACCAAAUGAAUUACCAUCACCAGCAGUAAGUCCUUAAAAAGGCUAAGGGCAUCUGUUAAUUCAUUACCAACUGCUCUAUGCUGGACCCGCUCACAAGGAGCUCACAUCGAUUUUCCAGUGCAAGUCCCUGCCCAAUAUAAUCUUUGAUAAGAAGAAAAAAAGCAAGACAAAAGCAAGGGUCACGAAGGAGCCUUGGGGAAACAACUGGAUGUUCAAGUUAAUUCCUACUCACGUCUACUUUGAUCAGAGUCAGGAAUAGCAUCCUAUGGAAGUAUUCCAAAGGCAAAGUUGCAAAAGAAAAAUCAGUACAAUGAACAUCCUCAUAGUAAAUGACCUCAUAACAUGUUCCAAGUUCUAGAACAGUUCCUGGACUUUGUCCGUAUCCUUCGGAAAAUGUUUUCUUUGGUAUUUGUGGCCAAAGGCAUCAGAAUAAGAGCUCCACCCUGACCUGCUCAGGGUACAGGGUUUCCAGGAGAUCCCAGCAGCUGAUAAACACAGCCAGUGGCAGAGUGCCUGGGCAACCGAUACCUGGGCAGGGAGCAUGCACAUACAGCAUGCCAGGCUGCGUGGGGGCAUGGACUUCAGUCCUCUUGGCAGCGAGGAUCACCACAGAGCUUUAGGCCUGUCUCACACUCAUUCACAUCUAAAGACAGAAGAAAUAGGCUGUUCUGGACAGUCACCCAGGGUGUCCCAAAGGCUCCUCUGCGGCUCUUCCCCUCUGUUGCUGACCUCCACCUGUUCCUUGAACAUACCACACACAACCCUGCUGCAGGGCCUCAGCACCAUCCAGAAGCCUGUUCCCUCGAGGGCUACAUGGCUGUCCCUCAUCAUCUUCUCAAGGAGGCCUUCCUUCACCACCUUUUGAAGCCUUAUCACAUACAUGUGCAUAUACAAAACCCUAUUUAUCCCCUUUAUCUGAUUGUUAUUCAUAGAGCAUAUCAACUCAGAUACUCUGUAGUUUAUCCAGUCUAUCUCCUGAUUAGACUGUGAAGUACACGAGGGAAGGGAUUUGCCUUUUAGGUUUGCUAUUGAAUCCCCAGUGUCCCAAACAACGCCUAACCCAUAGUAAAAUGCAAUACAAUAUAUUGCAUACAUAGAUGAAUUAAUAGCCAAUUCUUCCUCGGGUUGGGGGACAAGCAUAACAUUCCCAUGAUGCAGACUGAGAAAGGGUCUGCUCUCCAUGGGAAAUGACAUGGCCUAGCAUCGGGAGACUUUGCCUAGUUCAACUUGAUCCUGGCUGAAUCAUGCCUAAUCCAAGUGUGGCACGUGCCAUUGGUCACCAGCAGCCAAGAGACCUAUCCAUACCUUCAAGGAAGGGGCACCUCUUCUUCACCUUGUGGGUUCCUAGAGCAUCCUCAGUGAGGGCCCUUAUCUGGUAAGACAGGGGAUCAGGCACAUCCAUUCCUUGAGAACUUGAGUGUAGCCAGGAAGCAUACGUGACAUUCACAGCGUCUUUUCUAGGAAUGUUUAGGAAGGGAGGAGAAAAAAACAAGCAUCUUUUCUAGGAAUGUUUUGAAAGCGAGGAGAAGAAAACAAUCUAAACACCACUUGGUAGAGAAAUGUUACAUUGUUUUUAAAGAUUCUGAGAUUAGACAGUAAAGUUAGGAAACUAUAUUGUGGACUAUUGCGUUCAUUAAUUUAGCUUACUUAAAUUCAGGAUUCUUUUCCAUCAAGUAAUUUCUUAGUUCAUCUCUGUAGAAAAAAAGCUGACUU